CUCCGUUUCGCCCCCAACUUCGGCUCGGUCUUUUACUGGAGGCUGCGAAUCGGAGUUUACUGGUUGUGCUACUACCACCACUAUCGUACCGGGACCAUCGCGAAAGAAGUCCAUUACUACUAUCACAUUGAGCGCUUCAACUGUCGACUAACGCGUGUAAAUUUCCCUCUGGGUCACCCAGUAUGGGGUUCGCGUCCAAAAAGCGCAAAUCCAAUGCCAUCGAGCACGACGAUAGUGACGUCGACGCCGAAGUAUCAACAAAGCGCGGUAAAGGAGCCUCUGGCACUGCCACUACCUUCGAACCGGCCGCGAAACCACAGACCGACGCUGAAGGAAACUCAUACUGGGAGAUCUCCAAGAACAGACGUGUGACGAUAUCCGAUUUCAAGGGCAAGAAGCUGGUCAACAUUCGUGAAUACUACCAGAAGGACAAUGAAUGGCUACCAGGGAAGAAGGGCAUCUCUAUGAGUCUCGAACAGUAUUCUGCCCUUAUCGGCAUCAUGCCUCAGAUAGAGGAACUGCUCAAGCAGCAGGGCGAAUCGGUGCCGAGGCCAGACUACAGUGGCACUGGCAGCACACCAUCUACCUCAGCAGCCAACAACGGCGCAGAUGAGGACCAGGAAGAAACGGCUAGGACGUCGCAAAAGGCGAAUAUCGAGGCAACUAGUGACGAAGAUGAAUGAUUCAAAUGCAUACUGUUCAGAUACCCAACUUGUCACAAAAGUAACAUGUGGAUUACAGUGGUCGUGGGUCGGCCGGCCCAUCAUCCGGGAUAACGUACAGCGAUGGUUGAUUGGGGAUUGCACAUCGUAACGGAUACGGUCGAUCCUGGAUAAGACUAGCAAGUUCGCAGAACUGGCUUCAUGAGACGCGCUGGCCGCUUCAAGUUCCACAACAAACAGACUUACGAACUGCUCUCCCACUCCGCUAGUCUGCUGGCCAGGCUGCCUUUCUUCCAAUGCUUUUCAUGGUCUUCCUUGGGCUGCAACUUGGAUUCUUCACCAACUUUGCCGUAGCCGCCACCGCCAGGUGUCAUCUAGAUCUCAUGUCAGCAUCCAACUCAUGGCUCAAAAAGGGGCGCUAGAACUUACCACAAUGAUCCUCUCACCUGGCUGCAUGCUGGCAGUGUUCUUUGCCCCCAUAUUGAUAUAUCUGUAUUCAUACUCGCCAUUAUCGCCUUCCUCGCGACGUUGUCCUUCAUGUUCGCCGCCAGUGCCCAAAGCCUGCACUUUCUUGACCUUUCUCACCCAGAUAUUCUUACCACGUGCACCGUCACCGCCACCGUGUAGACCGUAUGGGUGAUAUACUCUUCUCUCGCUGAGGAUACUGACCUGCACAGGAAUCCGGAACUCAAUGUCGCGAACGACACCGUCUCCACCUCGAUGCUGUCCGACACCACCAGUGCCGGGUCUGAGGCUGAACUCUCUCAGGAUAACUGGAUACCGUCGCUCAAACACCUCGGCAUCGGUGAUUCUCGUGUUUGUCAUGUGCACAUGAACGCCACUGGUGCCC